GUGACUGGCGGGUCAACCGCCCGGGGGCGGGGCUCCGCGCUGGAGGCGGAAGCGGUUCCCGCAGAUCCCGGUGCCCCCUCGGCGUCUCUCGGCUGCUUCCUUCCGAGGUCCUGCGGCCCCCGGCCAGGACGGAGACCAGGCGAGAUCAGUCCCUCUUGGAGCUGCACUUUUACAAGAGAGGCGCCCCUGCAAGACUGUCCGGGGGAGUCGGCCGGCUGCUCACCUCCAUGGGCCAGACGGCCCUGGCAGCGGGCGGUAGCAGCACCCCUGCCCCGCAGGCCCUCUACCCGGACCCCUCUCGUCCCGAGGGCUUGGAGGAGCUCCUGUCCGCUCCCCCUCUAGAUUUGGGGGCCCAAAGGCACCACGGCUGGAACCCCAAGGACUGCUCCGAGAACAUCGUGGUCAAGGAAGAGGGGUUGUGCUUUGAGCGGCGGCCGGUGGCCCAGAGCACGGAUGGGGCCCGGGGAAAGAGGGGCUACUCGCGGGGCCUGCACGCCUGGGAGAUCAGCUGGCCCCGGGAGCAGAGGGGCACUCACGCCGUGGUGGGCGUGGCCACGGCUAGCGCCCCGCUGCAGGCUGACCACUACGCGGCGCUGCUGGGCAGCAACAGCGAGUCGUGGGGCUGGGACAUUGGGCGAGGGAGGCUGUACCAUCAGAGCAAGGGCCCUGACGCUCCCCGGUAUCCAGCCCGACCACAGGGUGAGCAGCUGGCGGUGCCGGAGAGGCUGCUGGUGGUUCUGGACAUGGAGGAGGGAACUCUGGGCUACGCUGUUGGGGGCACCUACCUGGGGCCAGCCUUCCGCGGACUGAAGGGCAGGACCCUCUAUCCCGCCGUAAGCGCAGUCUGGGGCCAGUGCCAGGUCCGCAUCCGCUACCUGGGCGAGAGGAGAGCGGAGCCACACUCCCUCCUGCACCUGAGCCGCCUGUGUGUGCGCCACACCCUGGGGGAUACCCGGCUUCUCCAAGUGUCUGCUCUGCCCUUACCCCUUGCCAUGAAGCGAUACCUGCUUUACCAGUGACCCUGUGACACCACCCCUACCCUGGACCUACUAAAGCCAGUGAGGCUGGGCCUCUUCUGCAGCCCAAGCUCUGGGAUCUCAACAGGACCACAGGCACCAGAACAGCCCAGGCAAGAGGAUAUUCCAGGGUGCCACAGCUUGGUAUUCAAGACCUUUUUCAAGUAAUAGGAGAGGGGCUGUGGAUUUAGCUCAAUGGUGCAACACCUGCCUGGCAAGCGUGAGGUCCUGAGUUCAAUUCCCGAUACCAGAAAAAAAAAAAAGUAAAUGUUAAAGGUGAAAAAAGUAAGAGAUACAUUAUUAUAGAAACCUAUUCAUGGUUGUUUGGUUUUGUUAUUUUUUUUUUUUUUUUUUUUUUUGCACAAGUGAUAAAGUCCUGUAACUGCCUUAAAAAGGACAGAGAUUGCUGGGUGUGGUGGGCAUACCUGUAAUCCCAGCACUAGGGAGGCUGAG